AUGAGGAAGACCCAUGUACUGGUUUGGAUCAACCUGGUGGUGCAAGUGUGUCAGGGGGCCCAGGGCCGCUACGCCCAGAAGCUGCUCACCGACCUGAUGGAGGACUACUCCAACGCCCUGCGGCCGGUGGAGGACACGGACAAGACCCUGAACGUCACCCUGCAGAUCACCCUGUCCCAGAUCAAGGACAUGGAUGAGAGGAACCAGGUGCUGACCACGUACCUGUGGAUCAGACAGAUCUGGCAUGACGCCUACCUGAGUUGGGACAAGGACGACUACGACGGCCUGGAGGUCAUCCGGAUACCCAGCAACCUGGUGUGGAGACCCGACAUAGUGCUCUACAACAAGGCGGACGAGGACCCGGGCCAGGCCGACACCAACGUGGUGCUGCGCUACAACGGGGAGAUCACCUGGGACUCCCCGGCCAUCACCAAGAGCUCCUGCGUGGUGGACGUCUCCUACUUCCCCUUCGACUGGCAGCAGUGCAACCUGACCUUCGGCUCCUGGACCUACAACGGCAACCAGGUGGACAUCGACAUGGGCUCGGACAGCGGCGACCUGUCGGACUUCGUGGAGAACGUGGAGUGGGAGUGCCACGGCAUGCCGGCGGUCCGGAACGUCAUCAUGUACGGCUGCUGCUCGGACCCCUACCCGGACAUCACCUACACCCUGCUGCUGAAGCGUCGCUCGUCCUUCUACAUCUUCAACCUGCUGCUGCCCUGCUUCCUCAUCUCCUUCCUGGCGCCGCUGGGCUUCUACCUGCCCGCCGACUCCGGGGAGAAGGUGUCCCUGGGCGUCACCGUGCUGCUGGCGCUCACCGUCUUCCAGCUCAUGGUGGCCGAGAGCAUGCCGCCGUCGGAGAGUGUGCCGUACAUCGGGAAGUACUACAUCGCCACCAUGACGAUGAUCACGGCCUCCACCUCGCUCACCAUCUUCAUCAUGAACAUCCACUUCUGCGGCGCCGAGGCCAAGCCCGUCCCCUACUGGGCCAAGGUGGUCAUCAUCGACUACAUGUCCAAGAUCCUCUUCGUGUACGAGGUGGGCGAGAACUGCACCACGCCGGAGAGCGAGCGCACCUCGCCCUACACCGACGAGCCCAUGGCGGAGGAGCGCUACCGCGUCCGGGACGACGACGACGACGACGCGUACCGGCGGGGCAACGGCCACGGCGGCGCCGGCAGCCCCAAGAGGCAGCAGGACGGCCGCCCCGACGGCCACUGCCGCCAGGACCACCAGCAGCACCACCAGCAGCAGCACCACUACAACAACCACAACAACCACCACGCCGCCCGGGGCCGCGGCGAGGAGGGCGGGGGGCCCCCGAGGCGCUACCCCCAGAACCACCACAUCAGGAGGGACGAGCUGGACUACCAGAGGGACCAGCGCGGGACCCUGCAGCACCUCAACGGGGGGCUCAAGGAUCAGCUGUUCUACCCCACCUCGGAGAAGCCCUACCCGGCAGCCUGCCCCUGCAGCUGCCCCUGCCCCCAGCACCUCAAGGUCCCUGCAGGCUUUGAGUUGCAGGAGUGUGUUCAGUGUGGUCUGACUCCCACAGCCUGCUGGGGCCGAUGGAAGGAGCUGGCGUUGGUACAUCAGAGCUUCCCCAAUAUGUUUGAGCUGGACGCGAGAGAGGCCUGGGAGCUGCCUGUAUGA